GCGGGAAGUUAUAGAGUAAUGUUUUCUCCUUCCCGCGAUCUUUCGAUCUCCCCUUCUUUUCCGAGAUAGAUCGUCGCUCUGCUCUGCAUUCAACCUAGCGAUGGACUUCAGUGGGUCAAUGGCGAAGAGAAAAUGGCGUCCUCCGUCGCUCUUAUUCUUCAUCUGCGUUCUCGGUUUCCAUCCCACUUCAACCGCCGUCGAGAUCCUCUCCAAAUCGAAACUGGAACGCUGCGUCAAGACAUCCGAUUCCGACAACUUGAACUGUGAGAAGAAGGUGGUCAUCAACAUGGUCAUCCCUAGCGGUUCUAGCGGCGGCGAGGCUUCAAUAGUUGCGGAGUUGGUGGAGGUUGAGGAAAACGAUACACAGAAAAUGCAGACAAUACGGGUGCCACCCAUUAUCACAAUCAAGAAGUCUGCGGCUUACGCGCUCUAUGAUUUAUCUUACCUAAGGGAUGUCGCCUAUAAGCCAGAGGAGUUUUAUGUUUUGACACGGAAAUGUGAGCCCGAUGCUAGUUCGAGAAUUCUUAAAAUUUGUGAGAGUUUGCGGGAUCAAGAUGGUCAUAUAAUUGAGAAUACACAGCCAAUUUGCUGCCCUUGUGGGCCAAGACGUCGUGUUCCUUCCUCUUGUGGGAACAUCUUUGAUAAAUUGCUGAAAGGGAAGGCAAAUACUGCUCACUGUCUUCGUUUCCCUGGUGAUUGGUUUCAUAUUUUUGGCAUUGGAAAGAGAUCAAUUGGAUUUAGCAUCCGGAUUGAAGUGAGAAAAGGUUCUUCUGUAUCGGAGGUUGUGAUGGGUCCUGAAAACAGAACAGUACUGUCAAAAGACAACUUUCUAAGAGUUAACCUUGUUGGUGAUUUUGUUGGUUAUACAAGCAUCCCGUCCUUUGAAGACUUUUACCUUGUUACACCAAGAUUAGGUGCUGCAGGUCAUCCAGAAAAUCUUGGGAAAAACUUCUCAAAGUGGAUGCUACUAGAGAGAGUGCGUUUUACUUUUGAUGGUCUUGAAUGCAACAAAAUUGGUAUUGGUUAUGAAGCAUACAGAAGCCAGCCAAACUUUUGCUCAUCGCCAUUAUGGAGUUGCUUGCAUAAUCAACUGUGGCAUUUUUGGGAAGCUGACCAGAACAGGAUAAGCAGGAACCAACCACCUCAAUAUGUGAUUGAGGGAAGAUUUGAAAGGAUAAACCAACAUCCAAAUGCAGGAACACAUUCAUUUUCUGUGGGAAUAUCUGAAGUCCUCAACACAAAUUUGUUGAUUGAGUUGAGUGCUGAUGAUAUCGAGUAUGUAUAUCAAAGGAGUCCCGGAAAGAUAUUAAGCAUAAGCGUCCCCACAUUUGAAGCACUUACCCAAUAUGGUACAGCUAUAGUGACAACAAAGAACAUUGGUAAACUAGAAGCAUCAUAUAGCCUAACAUUUGACUGCCUGAAGGGUGUCAGUUAUAUGGAGGAACAAUUUUAUAUAAUGAAAGGAGAUGAGAUUGUUGCUCGAUCAUUUCAUAUAUACCCCUCAACAGAUCAGGCUGGAAAGUAUGAAUGUGCAGCUAUUCUCAAGGCUUCGGAUUUUGCAGAGGUAGAUCGUGCUGGGUGCCAAUUUACUACCAGGGCAACUAUCCUUGACAAUGGAUCCCAGAUAAUGUCUGCAUAUGAAUCGAAAGGUCAUGGUUUGAAUAGGUUUUUUGAAUCAAUUAAGAGCGGGUGGAAAAGAAUGUGGAAUGGUUUGAUAGAUUUCUUUACUGGGAAAACAUGCAGAAGCAAAUGCUCAAGUUUCUUCGAUUUCAGUUGCCACCUACAGUAUGUUUGUGUUAGCUGGAUAUUAAUGUUAGGAUUACUACUGGCCAUAUUUCCCACGGAGGACCGGCAGGGUUUCUCUAAUUGGAAUUCCGCGAGAGGAGCAAAACUUCAGACGGGACGGGGACGAAUUAGGCUGACAGAAGUGAUGUUGGGAGUUGGCGAAGAGGAGGAGAUGAGAAACCUUCGCUCGGGAAGACGAAGAUGCUCGGACGCUCGGGAGUUGAGGAGAUCCGGGAAAGGGAAAGCUCCGCUCGUGUUUAGGGCAAGUGGGCACCAACGUAAAACCACUUUAACGAAUCUGCCGCGAAGCUCGGCCACGGGUCGCUAACCGCAUUCCGCUUUCCGCCUGAUUUGCGGCCUGCCACAGAGGAGACACCGCCCCAAACGCGAAAUAAUCGUGGGGCGGUGCCGCGCAGCAGCUAGGUAGCCGCGCCAAACAGACCCUAAGAAAGGGCAGGCAUUUUCUUUGUUUUAAGAAUAUUAUUGAGGCAUUUGUGUUGCUUGAUUGUAAUUCCUUAAUGGUGUAGAUUCAAGAUGUCAACUCUAAACUUCCAUCUUAAUUAGAGAGGUAAUUAAGCUUAUUAAUGCUUAAACCACUUUUAAGAGUAUAGAACCACUCAUGUGGAAAUAAUGCAGAAGAUACAAAAGUAGGCUCGAACAUUCAGUACUCACAGCAGCAAAAGCCUGCAAAAAAAGAAGAAAAAACAUUAACAAAAGUAUCGCAAAAUUUCUUUGAGGCUCAAGUUUUAUUCUAAGAUGGAAUUAAGACUCUUGUACUUA